GUUGAGCUAGUUGAGACGGGUGGGUGUUGCAUGCGGGAGCCGCCUUUGCUUAGUGCUUUUGUCGCCCCAGACCGUUCUGGUGCUCACUGCCAGUGUCGGUGUCCUGUGUUCACGGACCACGAUCGUAUAGUUCAGGGUCCUGUUCGCUUCCUGCACGGCUCCAGCCUCGGCGUCCCCUCAGCAGCCGGCGUCGUCACUGGCGCCACCGCCUGAGUGGCAGGCCGCCGCGGACUGCGGAGCCCAUGAAGGCGCGGGCCCCGCCGCCGCAGUUGCGGCGCUGCCGGUGUUUUGGAACGACCCGAACCUGUCCGGGCAUGACGGCGGCAUGAGCACGGACGGGGAGUCGCCGGAGGAACCGGGGUGGAAGGCGACGGCCUCACCCAAGGCGGCAGCUAUGCCUGAGAAGCGCGGGAGCGCUCAGGCCGCGAGUGGCAGCUGGCUACAAGGCUUUGGCCAGCCAAGUGUUUACCAUGCUGCUAUUGUCAUCUUCUUUGAAUUCUUUGCAUGGGGCCUGUUGACAACUCCAAUGUUGACUGUUUUACAUGAAACAUUUCCUCAACACACAUUCCUCAUGAAUGGUCUCAUUCAAGGUGUAAAGGGCCUGCUCUCUUUUCUGAGUGCUCCACUCAUAGGAGCUCUUUCUGAUGUAUGGGGCAGGAAGCCCUUUCUCCUUGGCACAGUCUUCUUUACCUGCUUUCCUAUCCCACUGAUGAGGAUCAGCCCUUGGUGGUAUUUUGGCAUGAUUUCUGUAUCUGGAGUCUUCUCAGUUACUUUCUCUGUAAUAUUUGCCUAUGUAGCUGACUUCACUCAAGAGCACGAAAGAAGUACUGCUUAUGGAUGGGUCUCAGCUACCUUUGCAGCUAGUCUGGUUAGCAGCCCAGCCAUUGGAACAUUCCUCUCUGCAAAUUAUGGAGACAGCCUUGUUGUGCUGGUAGCCACAGUGGUGGCUCUCCUAGACAUCUGCUUCAUUUUGGUAGCAGUUCCAGAAUCUCUACCAGAGAAAAUUAGACCUGCUUCCUGGGGAGCUCAGAUUUCUUGGAAACAAGCAGACCCUUUUGCGUCCUUAAAGAAAGUUGGAAAAGAUUCUACAGUCUUACUCAUCUGCAUCACAGUGUUUCUCUCAUACCUUCCUGAAGCUGGACAAUAUUCCAGCUUUUUUCUCUAUCUCAGGCAGGUCAUAGGUUUUGGAUCUGUGAAAAUUGUGGCAUUCAUAGCUAUGGUAGGAAUUUUGUCAAUUGUGGCUCAGACAGUCUUCCUUAGCAAAUUGAUGAGAUCACUAGGGAAUAAGAAUACUGUCCUCCUUGGCUUGGGUUUCCAGAUGCUCCAACUUGCCUGGUAUGGUUUUGGAUCUCAGGCCUGGAUGAUGUGGGCAGCAGGAACUGUGGCUGCCAUGUCCAGCAUUACAUUCCCAGCAGUCAGUGCCCUCAUCUCUAGGAAUGCAGAGUCAGAUCAACAAGGGGUUGCCCAGGGGAUUAUAACAGGAAUACGAGGACUUUGUAAUGGCCUAGGGCCAGCACUGUAUGGCUUCAUAUUCUACCUGUUCCAUGUUGAACUAAACGAAUUGGGCCCAGACUUGAAUUCUGAUGAUGAUCCCUUACAGGGAGCUUUCAUCCCAGGCCCACCAUUUUUAUUUGGAGCAUGUAUAGUUCUUAUGUCUUUUCUGGUUGCCUUAUUCAUCCCUGAAUACCGUAAAACCGGUGGAGUUCAAAAACAUAGCAACAACAUCAGUAGCAGCCCAAGCACUCCCCCUGAACAGGGCUGUGAUGAGGACAUUGAGCCAUUACUGCAAGACAGCAGCAUCUGGGAGCUCUCCUUUGAAGAGCCUGGAAAUCAGUGCACUGAACUAUAACCCAGGAGUACCCAGCAGUAAGGGAGGUUCUGCAGACACCGUCUGAGAGCCAUGGAGGAAGCUGUACCACCUGGAGACUUCAUGGUGCUGGAGGGGAAAUGCUAACAGCAUCCUUUGGGCCAAGUUUAAUAAGUUACUCUUUCAUGCCUUUACCCUUCACUCUUCUGCCUCUUUCUGUUCCUUGACUCCCAUUCUUUUUCUUCCUGUUCAUAUAUUCUAAGAAAGAUUGAAAAUGUUUCACAGAAAAUAUGAAACUCUCAAGGUUAUAUGGAAUCAAGACUAAAUCUUUAAUAGGAAAAUCGUGUCUGGUAGGAAAGCUUACCUUUUCUUCAGUAACUAGAAUGAGAGUGACAGAAAUUUUGUUCCCUUUUUGGUAGAAGGUAUGAGACAAGAGUGUUAACUGCCUUCUUUCAUUCUUUCUGUGAAUUAUUCCUCUUAGUCUAUAGGUGUUGAUGAGUGGCCAUUCUAAAGAGUUACUUGGUAUCAGGGAUCUACUGACUUUGUCCAAAGGUUAAGUGAAAACCUAGUUUUGCUUUCCUUUUAAUUUUUUUAUUUCUUAAGCUUCUUGAAAACAAACCUUAAUAGUGUGUGGGCCAAUGAUUACCUUUAUUAGAUAAAGAAAGUCUUUCUUAGAAAAUUCAAAUAAUGUUGAACAAGCAGAAAAGAUUCUUGGUAUACAAAGUAAUUUUACAGAAGAGGAAGAAAAAAAAUCAAGCCUGUAGCCCAGCUACUUACAGAUUUUAACAGGAGGAUUGAAAUUUGAGGCUAGCCUUGGCAGCAUACUAAGAUCCUAUCUCAAAGCUAAACAACCAACCAUGAAGCAUUCUAGUUUCUGUUGUUUUAACAAUUUGAACAUUCCUACAAGGUGAUGAGAGUAACAGCAGAGAAUGCUCCUUCCUGUAUCUCCUAUGUCCUACUUCCGUUUCCUCAUCAUACUCCUGCCUUAACUGUUAAUGUAGAAUGUGUGUGUUUUCAACCAAUCUGUAUCUUAGUCUGUUUUUCUGAAUUUAGAAUCUCAUGGGAAUGCACACAUCAAAUUCCUUUAAAAAUUAUGAAGGUUAGUGAAGCUCAGUUUCAUGAUAAUUAUCUUGCUAAUUUUUGAGAUGUUUUAUGGACAAAGAAAACUUUACAGAUUUUAUAUUUUGCUGCACAGUAAAUGGACCAUUAACUAGGGUCUAUCUUUAACAAAGCACUCCUUUGAAAGUUUUAUAGGUAUGAAAACAUGUAGAUAUUGUAAGGAUUUUAAUUUUUUGAUGGGGUGCUGUGUAAAUCUUGUAUUUAUAAAUAAUGAAGGUAUUGACAGAAAAAAAAUAUAUACAACUUUUAUAAAGGAUUGUGUACUGACUGAAUACAUUUAAAGGAAAAUAUAUUUUGAAGCCUGUUCUGCCAUGAACAGAUAUAACAUAUCUUUUUACUAUGCUGUUGGUUUUUAGGCUAAGCUUCCUAAUGCAUAAUAAAUUUUCAAUGGAUACUUAAAUGUCUU